UUCUCCUCUGGAUCCCCCUCUUCUCGAGCAGGAAAGGGGGCCGCCACGGGCGGAGAGUGGUACGGGCAGAGUGGUCGAAAGCCGCGAGAAAUUCUGCCACGCGGCGGGCGGCGGGAUCAGGGCGCAAGAGUGUUCUCGCACAGCUGGACCAAGCAGCCGAAAAUCCACAUUCCAGCGAACCAAAGUUGGCCACAACGCCCACCAACAGAUCGCCUGGCCCACCGACGCACGUCAGCAGGAUUACAUAUGAUGCCACCGGUUCCACAGUUGGCCAAGUGGUCUGCACGCUCAUUGAUAUAUCUGGCUGGUCUGGGACUCCACCUUCCGCCAAAUCGCAUAUUGAGCCACUUCAUCAUCAUCAUAUACAUGGCAAAGUCUCAAAACGAAUCCAGGAUUCUCCCGCGCCCGCGUAAGCCGUUGAACAACUCCAGCAGCAUACUCGGAAUCAUAUUUAUCAUGGCCUGCGACAUCUGUCGUAGAAGUGAAUACGACGAAGGCGCAUGGUGCAGAUGAUAACGAUGGAGGCGAACACGAGCAUGAACCCAAGAUGCAGUAAAUAACAAUACAUAUAUCCCCACAACAAUGUUCGAAGACGGGAGGCCCUGAUGAAAUGUGGGUCAUCAGGGUCAACGAUGGUGGGCCCACAAAAACCAGCAUUGAUCACGAUCACGAUCGACACGUGCAGACCCAUCACAAGAUAUAACGAGUGGUUCUGUCGCCUGGAACUGUACAGGAAGCGGUUGCACAGGAAGUUGUUCCCCUCACCGGGCAGCAUUGUGGCGAUCGCGUGGAUCAGCGCAUUUCUUGAUCCGCUUCACCGGCGGCAGAGCAGAACGAAACACAUCUUCACGAGGUCGAGAACGAGGCUGAACAAGGCCCGCAAUAACAUAUUUUCCAGAUCUUCAAUCGGCAAGUGCCUGCUUAGCAAUAGCAUCCACACGCGGCAUAGAUAUUGAAACCCCCAUUGCAUGCUCAAGCAGUACGCCGCGGUCACAACUGGGCAGGGGACCGCAACGAGCAAGACAAGGAGGAAACCCAUCAAGAAAGACAUUGCCCAGAACCGCGCGAUCAAGCUCUGCUCGCUCCGUGGCGUUGCAUGGACACUCCCCGAGCCUAUGUCCCACAGUUUCCAUUGCAGCUUCACACCGAGCGCAGACGUCAUCGUGAAUAUGGAAAGAUAUACGUGUGAUGUUCAAGGCUGUCCACAGCCCCGCCGUGGUGAGCUCUGGCCUCCGAAGUGGUCGUGCGCUUGCCAAAGUUCAGAAAGACCGUCUUCAAGCCCGGAGGUCCUUAGGUCGUCGAACAACUUCGCCUGCAGCGACACUUUGACGCAGAAAAGAACGCUGAUCAUGUAGUCGGCGUUGCACCCCCGCCUUCUGAGCAAGAUCUGGCGUAGCCCCGCGUCCACCUCGGGUAAGCAGAGCAGCAGGCAUGCGAAAACGGAAGGAUGAAGAUGCAGCACGCAAGGUUGCGGAUGUAGACCAAAUAAUGCCUUACAUAUCGCCAGAGAACGAUAUCAAACAACACCAAAUGGUAAUGCAUGCGGAUUGUCGUGAACAUCGCAACACAAGGAUAACGUGUACGGUGCAAACCUGGCCCCAGCACGUGUGUCAUCGGGCGGGAUCGCCGCACGGUCGUCCCAGCUUUGGCCGGGCCCAUCUGGGCGACAGCGGCGAGGGACACGGCCUGCGUCAUCUGCGUCUUGGUGUCGGCGAAACCCCAGUCUGCCCACAUGGCGGCCGUGGCGUCGGCCACGCAGGCGCCCCUCUGCGAGUACGGCAGCAGCUAGACCACCCCCACGCGCGAGCGGUAGGCAGCCAUCCGGCGAGCGGCAACCGAUGCCUGGGUAUCAGGGCCCAGGAGCGAAUCAAUCCCC